CGAGGUGAGCAAGUAGGAAGAAAUUUGUUUAUGGAUGGAUUUCGCGGUCGAACGAUAAGGGCACGAAAACAGUUCUCCCCCAUCAAUCAUACGCUGCAACCGAUCAUGGUUGCUGCAUAAGAAAUGGAACGAAAGUUUGCGGCGAGUUUCUUAGAAGGAGAAGACUAUCCUAAGGAAGGAGACUCGUCCGAACUUGCGAGGGCAAAAGCUGAGUUGGCCGCAUUGCAAAACAAGUUCGAAAACAUGGGGUUUGUGUCAGGUCUUGUUACCUAUCUGGAGCAGAUACCCCCUAAAAGACCGGCGCCGAGUGUGAUUACAGUGAGGCUUACGUGGACAAGGGACGAGGAACACCGCGAGUGGUUUGAGUACUUGGAGUUGAUGAUCAUCCAGGCCUGGAGGACAGACGUGGAGGGCGAUCUUCUCGGUUUCCUCUUCGGAUCGGUACGGCCCGGCCAUCGCCAGCUGAUCGUGCAGGAGCUCACGGUCCCCCUUGCGCAGUUGGCGGACGAUCUCCCCCUCGAGAUCGUCUCGCACAGCGAUGAGAGCCCCGUUCCUCACGUCCUCACACGGACUUUGACGUCGUACCUUCAGUGGUCAGCGUGCCUGGAGGAGCCGGGAAAUUAUCUAGACUCGCGGGAGAUCACUGAUCUCGCCUUCUUCCAGGAUCGAGCGGCCUCCGAGGACGAAGAGAUAGCAAUCGAAGAAGAAAGCGUUGACGAAGAAGAAGAAGCUGCUGAAGAAGACGAGGAGGAAGAAACCCCGGAGGAAGGCAGUUACAGUGAGCACAGCGAGGGAGAGCAGAGUGAGAAGGAGGAAGAAGACGAGGGAGAAGAGGAGGAGCUAGAGCUGGAGGAGUCUGAGUGGGAGAUCUCGGCGGAGGAAGCGGAGCAGGCGAACACUCAGGCGAAAGACCCCGAAACGGCACGCAAAAGAGACGAGAUCGAGUCCGGGAAACGACAGCUGAGAUGACAACAAGGGGUCCUAAGAUGGGAAGGUUGGGCCAAUUUUGGGAGAUUGGGAUCAAAGGGAAAUUGCAUCGG